AUCUAUACGCUGUCUGUUCAUUGUCUGUAGCUGAGCAAUAUAGAUCAGAAUGUUCCGAAAAAAACCCCCUCAGCUCUCGCUCCUCGAGGAACUCAGACAGACCUAUGACGACUGCUGCAACUUCCUGAUCAAGAACCUCGCCCUAGAGGAAAACAACCACGUAGAGGAUGCCCUCAAAGGCUGGAAGGGCUUGCACACGUCCCUUCUCUACAAAAUCGACUUGUUUGACAGGCUGGCUCACAAACUCCUGAACGAUGAAAUCCAGAUCCUCACAGAGUUGAAAGCCAUCAGAGACCAGAACGUCAAGCAUUUGAUCCGCGUUCAGUUACGAAUGGAUGAAGUAAAUCGCAAGAAGAGCAGAGAUGCCACCAAUGCCGUACAUGCUGCCUCUAAACAGGCUUCUUCUUCGUCGUCGUCCUCGCUAUCUGUUCCUUCACUCAGAAACCCAGCCUCCAGAUCGCUUUCAAGUAACUCAGUGAACCAACGCUCGAUGUUGAAGUCUCUAAGACCAGGAAUGGUGCUGGGACUGAGUUCACAGGGAUCUAGUAGCUCGUAUAAUGUUCCCAAGGUGAAAACUGCUCAGGCUUCGCAGGCUGCAAAUGUCUCCUGGCAGGGUCCCCAAAAUCGCCAUAAACCUUCCCAGAAGUCAGCAAAAGAACUUACCGAAACUGAAAAUGAGCUCUUUGAUGAUUUCGACGAUGAUGGAUUCGAAUUCACCGACAAUUGGGAACGCAUCAACGACAACAAUCUUAACAAUGUCAACAACAAUACCAACAAUAACAACAACCAUAAUGGCUCUCGCUCAUCCUCAGGCUUGUCAGAACUAUCUUCAGGAAGAGGAUCUUCAUCAUCCAAUGUUAAUCUCAUAGAUCUCGAUGACGAUAACUGCAACUAUGAUGACCUAGUGCGUUCCAUGGAUGACAUCACUUUGAAACCACAUGCAUCACCAACAAGGCAGCAUCAACUGUUACUGGUACCAAAGGUUACUCUUACCAACCAUAGUUCUGGCAGUAUCAACAAGACCUCGGCUACCAAUGGAACAACAACUAACCGUCGAGUAGAUCACAUUUCCAAAAGCACAUCCGACAUUAGGACAAACCAUGCGCCACAGACAAAGCAGCCGUAUAUCUAUAACAAGCCAAAACCUAUAGACGUCAGCAAGAUCAUGAAGAAACAAUCCCAGAAUCGUUUAAAUCCGACAAAGAGCCCUACAAAGCAACCUACCACUGUCAAAAGUCAACCUUCCAAAACAGCUGCAGCUCAAAGAACUACACGCACAUCCAAUAAUAGCCACACUGCAAAGCCGAAGACGAAUCCAAGCAGUAACAUAUCUUACAACUACGUAAAAACUUCUAAGACUGUGAACCCUGCUGUUAAAAAGACAGUAAAGCCAGCUACACUUCAGCCAAAUAAAAUUAUGACAAAUCAGAAGAACAAGAGUAGCGAUGCUAUCAAUAGUCCAACCAUGGACGAUUUAUUGAGUGGCUAUGAUAAUGACGAAGUAGAUGUUAAUUUAUUAACAAAUGAAGAGGAACAAGAGGCUCUCAUCAACUCAGUUAGAGGAGUAGACCCUGAUGCGGCCAAACACAUUUUAAACGAUAUUGUUAUCCAUGGCGACGAGGUUUAUUGGGACGACUUGGUCGGAUUAGAAAGUGCUAAAUACUCGUUGAAAGAGGCCGUAGUAUAUCCAUUUUUGCGCCCUGAUUUAUUUAAGGGGUUGAGAGAGCCCACUAGAGGCAUGUUGUUGUUUGGUCCGCCAGGAACCGGUAAAACAAUGUUGGCGAGAGCUGUUGCUACGGAAUCGAAGUCAACAUUUUUCUCUAUUAGUGCAUCAUCCUUGACAUCUAAGUAUUUGGGAGAGUCCGAGAAGUUGGUGAGGGCUUUGUUUUUGAUGGCAAAGAAGCUAGCUCCAUCUAUAGUCUUUGUGGAUGAAAUAGAUUCUUUGUUGAGUUCCAGAACAGAGGGAGAAGUAGAAAGUACAAGAAGAAUUAAAAAUGAAUUUUUGGUACAGUGGUCCGAACUUUCCAGUGCAGCAGCCGGAAGAGAAUCUGACAACGAUGAUGUUUCUAGAGUUUUGAUUCUAGGAGCCACAAAUCUACCUUGGUCUAUCGAUGAGGCAGCCAGAAGAAGAUUCGCAAGAAGGCAAUACAUUCCUUUACCAGAGGCGGACUCUAGACUGGCACAGAUUCGAAAAUUAUUACAAUACCAGAAAAAUACUCUAUCGGACGAAGAUUACGAGGUCCUCAAGGACUUGACCGAUGGAUUCAGUGGCUCAGACAUAACUGCUCUUGCAAAGGAUUCAGCUAUGGGACCGUUGAGAGCUCUUGGAGAAAAACUUCUACUGACACCUACAGAGCAAAUUCGACCAAUUAACCUUGAAGACUUUAAGAACAGUUUGAAGUACAUCAGGCCAAGUGUUUCAUCAGAAGGGUUGCAGGAGUAUGAAAAAUGGGCCGAAAAAUUUGGAUCUUCAGGUGCAUAGGGGUGGAUUGAUUGACACCUCAGGAAUUCAAAUGCCCAGAAAAGACCAGCUUGUUCUGUUGGCUACUAGAUGCAGCGACUUAUCAGAUAUACGAAUAUUAUUGGUAUAUAUUUAGGUCUCAGUUAGUACUUUUGCGUGCAUUCACAAAUCGACUUCAUCAACGUUUCUAUUUUGAUUUUAUCAGGGGAACAAUAAAAGAAAUAAAUGAAAAGAAUG